UCUGUCAGUCGGUGCAGGAGAAGCAUGAGCGGGGAGCAAGACUCGGAGGGCAGAUCUGCUCUGGAUCUGUGUCAGGAUCUUACUGAAUGUAUGGAAGCUCUUGGUCUUUUCUUGGGAAACAAGUUCAAUGAAAGUCUAGAAUUAUUACGGCCAAGGGCUAAAGACAGCAUGUACCAUAGCCUGGUGUUUGCCACCAUCUUGGAAAUGCAAGCAAUGAUGACAUUUGAGCAUGAUGAUAUUGUCAAUGCAGGACAGACAAUGAAACAGGCCCAAGAAAUAUGCCAGAGGUAUAGGAAGAAAACAUCACUGAUCAAUAAAUCUGACUCAUACACAGAAGUGGAAUUACACGCUGAAGUCUGCUAUGCAGAAUGUCUCCUACAAAGAGCAGCCCUGAUCUUUUUGCAGGAUGAAAAUAUGAUCAACUUUAUAAAAGGUGGCAUGAAGGUGCGGAAUAGUUACAUGAUAUACAGGGAGAUGAAUAAUUUUAUGCAGUCUAACACCUUCCAGAAAGGCGAGGGCCAUGUGCAUUUGGAAGGAGGGGUCGCGUUGGGGAUUGGAGCUUUCAACCUGACGCUUUCUCUGUUCCCACCACGGAUUUUAAAGUUACUUGAGUUUGCAGGAUUUUCAGGAGAUAAGGACUAUGGUCUGUCUCAGUUACAUGAUGGAGCCACAUCCCAUACCCUGAGGUCCUUGCUGUGCACAAUGCUGCUACUUUGCUAUUACACGUUCCUCAGCUUCAUCCUUGGGACAGGUGAUGUUAGUGUCACUGAAGCAGAGUCCCUUUUACAGCCGUACCUAAGUCGCUACCCAAAGAGCGCCAUCUUCCUUUUCUUUGCUGGGAGGAUUGAAGAAAUUAAAGGUAACAUUGAUGAGGCUGUCCGUUGGUUUGAGGUGGGAUGCUCAGUGCAGCAGUCCUGGAAGCAGUUCCACCACAUGUGUUACUGGGAGCUAAUGUGGUGCUUUGCCUAUAAAGGGAUGUGGAAGGUGGCGUAUUUCUAUGCGGAUUUACUGAGCAAAGAAAACCGGUGGUCAAAGGCCAUGUAUGUAUAUAUGAAGGCAGCGUUCCUCAGUAUGUUAUCCCCUAAUGAACCACGACCCUUUGGAGAGAAUGAAGUAGAUUUGUUCAGACUUGUGCCCUCAUUGAAACAGAAAAUAGCUGGAAAAUCUCCACCCACAGAAAAGUUUGCUAUAAGGAAGGCAAGAAGAUACCAGGCUAAGGAUCCGGUCUGCCUCCCAGUGCCUGCUCUGGAAAUGAUGUAUUUGUGGAAUGGUUUCUCUGUAUUGGGUAAAGACACUCAGCUGACAGAAGAUACUCUAAAUACUCUGUGCCAGGCUGAAAGCCGUCUUCAUCAGGAGUCAGUGAAUGAAUACACAGAAGAUGAUCUUUGCUCCAUUCUGCUCCUAAAGGGCUUGUGUCUGAAACACCGGGGUAGAUUAGCACAGGCUGAGCAAUGCUUUACACACAUAUAUGAGAGUGAAAAGAAAAUAAAGUUUGAUCACCAUUUAAUACCAAACUCUUUGCUAGAACAAAGCCUCCUCUUUAUGCAGCAACGCAGGGGAGAGGAUGCUAUCCCGCUACUACGACGUGCAAAGAAUAAUUAUAAGAAUUACUCUAUGGAAUCCCGCACCCUGUUCCGUAUUCACGCAGCCCUCUCUAAACUCAAAGCUCCAGAGUCAGAAGAAAACAGUACAGAUGGCGCUAGCCCCUCCUAACCGUGAUCUGCUUGCUUGGAAUAUACACUGAAACUGAAGCCCUCAACCUGUGUUGGACAUGAAUAAUAUGCUGCAUUAUGUUAUAAACUCACGGAGCUGUAUAAUAUACCAGAGUAUAAACUAAUGAUGGAGGAUAUCUGUAUCGACAAUCUGAAUGCAGUUUUACAGAGAUAAUUUAUGUAUAUUGAUGGAAGAGUUGAUCAACAGUGCUAACUUUGUAAAAGCUGAGCAAUAAAGUAACAGUCUAGUCAAAAUUAAACUUUCAAGAUUUAGAUAGGGCAUGCAAUUUUAACCACCGAGUGCCAACGACGGCUCUGACCCGUCGCAAGUUCUCAGUCUGGUGCCAACGCGCCAUCGCUAACACUCACCCACCUUGUGGAUAAUCUUGGGGCUCCCACCCUGGCGAUCUGGCCUGAAUAGUGAGAGGCUUUGCCCGGGCUUCACGUUUUGCACGAUGAGGUCACUGCGCAACUUUAUUUAAAAAUUAACAAUGGACAAUAUAGGGAGAUGGGGGCAUGCUGCUUAGAUGCCUGUAUCUCAGGCAUCUAAGCAGCUACAGACCCCCAAGACCCACCGUUGGAAAGGUAGUCACCUAACCUUUCCAACAGUAUAUCUGGGGGGGGGGAGAAAGUGUAAAAAAUAAAUAUAUAUAAAAAAAAAAAGGGUUAAACAACUUUCCAAUUUAAUUUUAUCAAAUUUGCUUUUUUCUCUUGGUAUUUUUUUAAAGCUAAACCUAGGUAGGCUCAUAUGCUAAUUUCUAAGCCCUUGAAGGCCUCCUUAUGUCAGUGCAUUUUGACAGUUUAUUCACAGCUAGACAGUGCUAGUUCAUGUGUGACAUAUGGAUAACAUUGUGCUCACUCCCGUGGAGUUAUUUAUGGGUAUGCACUGAUUGGCUAAAAUGCAAGUCUGUCAAAAGAACUGAGAUAUGGGGUCAGUCUCCAGAGGCUUAGAUACAAGGUAAGCACAGUUUAUAACUAUUAAUAUAACAGUGUUGGUCAUGCAAAACUGGGGAAUGGGUAAUAAAUUGAUUAUUUAUAAACAUUUUCUAAGUAAUUGUUCCUUUAAGGGUACAUAUUUAACCAUUGAAAUGUUUUGCUUUUUUUGCACAAUAUUUAAUAAGUCAGAGCUUACUCCAUUUUGAAGGUGUGCCCAAUCAAUGCUAAAAUUACAUUAAAUAUUAAAGGGUCAUGAAACCCAAAUUUUUUCUUUCAUGAUUUAGGUAAAACAAUUUUAAACAACUUUCCAGUUUACUGCUAUUAUCAAAUUUGUUUCAUUCUCUUGGUAUCAUUUGUUGAAGGAGCAGCAAUGCACUAUGGGUUUCUAACUGAACACAUGGGUAAGCCAAUGACUGUGUGUGUGUGUGUGUGUGUAUAUAUAUAUAUAUAUAUUUUUUUUUUUUUCUCCAUAUCCAUUCUCUCUCUAAACCUACACACACCCUAGGUUCUUUGCUGCUGCUGAGCAUACAUAGAUAAACCUUUCAGCAAAGGAUAACAAAAAGGAAGCAAAUUAAAUAAGUAAAUUGGAAAGUUGUUUAAAAUUGUAUGACGUCUAAAUCAUGAAUGUCUAAUUAUGACUUUACUGUCCCUUUUAAUUAAUGCUGUAAUUUAAAAUGCCACACUGCACAUUUUUACAGAAAGGCAAAUUUACUGAAAUUAGUAUAAACCACUUGUUUUCAAACCUGUUCUCAGGCCUCCCCAACAGGCCAGGUUUUCAUGAUUACCUUGGAUGAGAGCAGAUAAAAUAACCAUGUUUAUUAUUAAGCUGAUUUUAUCACCUGUGCUCUAGUUCAGAUAUCCUCAAAAUGUGACAUGUUGGGGAGGCCUGAGGGCAGGUUUGCAAACCAGUGGUCUCAUGAUUUAAGCAAAGCCUGCCCUUAAAUAAAAUUUUAAUUUGCAUCUUAUCAAAACGUUACCUCUGUCUCUUGGUAUACAUUGAGAGAAUCUGAUAAUUGAAGAAAAUUUGAUUUUCCCCCCAUAACGUAAAUUGUACUGUUCAUGGUGAAAGAGACCAUUAAAUAUUAAACAGAAAAGUAAUUUGUAUUGUGUAUGAAAUAAAGAUUUUUUUGUAGACUU